AGAACAUCUCAAGACUAAGGUUUGUCAGUUGUCACCAAAUUGUAAGAAGCCUCAAGGAGAUGAUAAAAAAAAAAAAAAAGAGGAACAAAACUAGAGAGAAGAUGAAGUUGCAGGUUCUGUUCUUGGUGGUUAUGCUCUCUCUUGCUUAUACGCAGCUGGUUAAGGGCCAAUCCAUUCCAGGCUGCAAAACUAGUUGUGGCAACGUCACACUCGAGUACCCUUUCGGUAUUUCUACAGGUUGUUACUAUGCCCAAGAUCGUAGUUUCAAUCUCACCUGCAACAAGGAAGGGAAGCUAAUCUUUGGCAAUAACGUUGAAGUCAUCAAAAUUUCUCACAACGGCGAGCUGCGUGUGAAGUUGGAACCCUCCUACACCUGCUACAAUAUCCAAGAAAAUGGGAGUGAUAUCAGAUACCACACUUAUACGCUUGGUAAUUUAUCUCUAUCAGCCAAGAACAAGUUUACUUUAGUAGGCUGUAACGUAUAUGCACUUGUAACCACUUAUGGAACGCGAAAUUACUCGACCGGAUGCUUGUCAGCAUGCAACUCUCUCCCGGCGGCAAAUACAGAAUGUAAGGGUGAAGGUUGCUGCAGAACAGACGUCUCUGUCCCGUUGGAUAGCUAUGAAUUCGAAACUAUCCCAGAUCGCUUGGCGAACAUGGACUCUGUCUAUGGCUUCAACCCGUGCGCCUACUCCUUUCUUGUUGAAGAUGGCAUGUUCAACUUCAGCUCUAGAGAAGAUCUUAGGAAUCUUCGGAACGUCACGGAGUUCCCUGUGGUACUGGAUUGGUCUAUUGGAGACCAGACAUGCGAGCAAGCUGGAGGCGGACGCUUAUGCCGUGGGAACAGCGAAUGUUUCAACUCUACUCGUGGAACCGGUUAUAACUGUAAAUGUACACAAGGUUACGAGGGGAAUCCAUACCUUCCAUACUCUUGCCAAGAUAUCGAUGAGUGUAAUCAUGCUAUCCACAGACAUAAUUGCUCGACUGGCAGCUCCUGUGAAAACACGCCUGGGAGAUUUCUUUGUACGUGCAAAUCUGGUUACCACUUAAACACCACCGAUAAUACCUGCAUGCCUGACGACACCCCUGGAUACUUUGAGUGGACUCGGAUUGUUCUUGGAACCACCGUCGGCUUCUUACUCAUCCUGCUUGUCGCUAGCUGUAUACAACAGAGGAUGAAGCACAGGAAAAACACACAGCUCAGACAACAAUUCUUCGAGCAAAAUGGCGGUGGCAUGCUCAUACAGAGACUCUCAGGAGCAGGGCCUUCAAAUGUUGAUGUCCAAAUCUUUACUGAGGAAGGCAUGAAGACAGCAACCGAUAAUUAUGACGAAAGCAGAAUCCUGGGUCAGGGAGGCCAAGGAACAGUUUACAAAGGGAUAUUACCGGACAGCUCUGUAGUUGCUAUAAAGAAGGCUCGGCUUGGAGACAGUAGCCAAGUGGAGCAGUUUAUCAACGAAGUGCUUGUGCUUUCACAGAUCAACCACAGGAACGUGGUCAAGCUCUUGGGCUGCUGUCUAGAGACUGAAGUUCCCUUGUUGGUCUAUGAGUUCAUUGCCAGUGGCACCCUUUUCGACCACUUGCACGAGCAAAGGUUGCAUGAGGUUAUUGACGGACAAGUGUGGAACGAGAAUAAUCAAAGGGAGAUCCAGGAAGUUGCAAGAGUUGCUGUUGAGUGUACAAGAGUGACCGGAGAGGAAAGGCCAAGGAUGAAGGAAGUAGCUGCAGAGCUUGAGGGCUUGAGAGCCACAAAAACCAAACAUCAGUGGUCGGAUCAGUAUACUGAGCCAAUGGAGACUGAACACUUGCUCGGCGUUGAAAUAUUAUCAGCACAAGGUGAUACCAGCAGCAUUGGCUAUGACAGCAUCAAGAAUGUAGCAAGGCUAGACAUCGAAGCUGGGCGCUGA